CUGUACAAAAGGUCGGUGAGUCGGAUAGGGCUGGUCGAUAUUUAGGAAACACAUGGCGCUCUCAUGUUUGAAGGUGGAAGCAAUAGUUUCAGGACACGAAGCUAUUUUCUAAAUUUGGUUAAAAAUGGAGAUGGCUUACGGACAAGUGGAUCCAAAUAUGAAUGCUGAGGAAUAUAGAAAUCUAAGUUCGGCAGAUCGCCCACCAGUGUCCGACAAACAAUUGCAAGUCAUCAAAGUUUUUAAGGAUGACAGCAUCAUUGUUGGAGGGAGUAACAUGAUAGAUCGUAACUGGAAUGGGACUCUUUGGUACUACAACGAUGUAAACAAUUUUGAUAAAGAAAACUCAUUUGCAGCUAUGAGAUCCGAAAGUGGAAUAUCAGACGCGGCUUAUUUAGGAAAGCACGAUAAAUUCAUUAUUGGAGAAGACAGUGGAACAAUUCAGAUUAUUGAGUUGCAUGAUGUUGAAAACGAUGAAUAUCAACAGAAAACUCUUCAAUCAUUAAACUAUGCUUGCCAACACGACGAUAGUUUAAUGUCCUUAUCAGUAUUCGAAGACAACACUCACCUUAUUUCUGGAGGAAUGGAUUGUUGUAUCAAAGUGUGGGAUAUAGUAGAAGGACUUGAAUCAACGUGCUCCUUUAAUUCUGCACAUAGUGAUACAGUCACUUGCGUAGACGUGCAACCUAGAAAUAAUUCAGUUUUCGCAUCCAGUUCCCUCGAUUGCGAUGCUCUAAUCUGGGAUAUAAGGAAAUCGAAACCUGCGCAUGGCAUAUUUAGGAGAGACAGUUGUGGAUUGACGGCUCUCGUCUGGAAGCCAGAUAAUGAAAAUAUACUAGCCAUAGGUGCAGAGGACGGAAGUUUAUCUAUAAUUGAUAUUCGAAAACCUGAUGGUGAACCAAUAUGUGAAGUCGUUUUUCCUAGGGAGGUUUACAAACUCGCAUUUAAUCCACAAAUCCCCAAUCAAUUAGCCGGAUGUUGUGACGCAAACGUAGUAAAAAUAUUCGACACAGAUAGAAGUCUUGCGACAAUUUACGAGGAUUACAGACAUCGAGACUUUGUUCGAGGCCUUGCAUGGUGCCAGGAUAAACUUUUAACUUCUUCGUGGGAUAACACCAUUCUCGAUCACUGUGCGGUGGAAUUGUGAAGUUAUUCGCCUUAAGAAAUUGGAACCAACUUGAUAAAAAUUAGCGUUUCGCUCUCUUUUAGGAAACGCUGAUGUGAAUUCAAUUAAACAAGUCGGAAUUGGAACAUAACUAAAACUGUUUCCAUCAUUCUAUGCUCUGUGUAUCAAAACUUUAGUCACUUUAUGUUUCAAUGUAUCAUUUCAACUGUGAGUAAUUCACUUGAGCAUAUGUAACGUUGCAAUUCAGAGAUGCCAUUGGCCAGUUAAUUUACAAUAUCCAGACUAUGUUGUACCACUCGAUGUUAAAAUUAUAUUAGAAAAACUUCUCAGUUUAUGAAAUUAAAGAUUUUUUUUUCAAGCAGGAAAUUUGAUUACGCUUAUGAUU